CUCUUUAGACUUUCAGGUUGUGAGUAAAUACUUCAAAAUGGCACUUGACGCAAGACAACUGGUAUUACUCCUGGCACUUUUCACAGAUGUUGUAAUGACUGAAUGUUCUGCUGGCUGCAAUUCCUGUUCCGGUUCAACAUGCUUAAAAUGUGAAUCGUCAUAUUAUUUAUCCAAUGGUUUCUGUUCUCCAUGUCCAAAAGACUGCACUAGUUGUAACGGAUACGAUUACUGUACUUCGUGCAAACCAGGUAAAUGGGGUUCAGACAACCAGUGCCAGUUUACCUGUAGUAAUAAUUGUUAUAAUAAAGAAUGCCAUAAUGACACUGGCUAUUGCGUUCAAUGUAAACCUGGGCUGUACGGCCCUCAGUGUGAACAUUACUGUAGUAUCUGUACGGAUGAUCUUUGUGAUUUACGUAGAUGCACGCACGGAUGUAAACAAGGAUAUUUCGAGUACAAAACUGAGACUGAAUCAAUAUGUCAAAUAUGUCCGACAGAUUGUAGAAAUUGUAAUAACGUAAGGACAUGUCAAGUUUGCAAUGACGGUUUUCAUUUGUAUCAGUUUCAUUCAAAUGAAAAUAUGUUUGUUCAUUGUGUAAGUUGUUCAUUAGGAUCUAACUGUUUAAAUUAUUGUGCUAUUCAAAAUUGCAAUAAGUGCGAAGUACAUGAUGGCGCUUUAGUGUGCGCAGAUUGCCCUGAAGGAUACAGAUUUAAUGGCAAAACAUGCAUACUAAAUACAACAAGUUGUUCUCAAGAAUGUUCCUCUUAUUGUAAUGACGAUGGAAUAUGCUUAGGAAGUUGCAAUGCUGGAUGGACUGGUGAAAGAUGUUCUGGAAAGUGUUCAGAUAAAUGUUUAACAUGCGACAAAAGUAAUAGUGGCAUUUGUCAACAGUGCAAAGGUGACUUUCACACUGUAAAUUGUAAUACGGCUUGCAAUCCGUCAUGUAUAACAGAAAAAGGUAAACAGAGGUGUAGACUAGUUGAUGGAUAUUGUUUAAAUGGAUGUGAACACAAUUUCUGGGGUCCUGAUUGUGACCAGUCUUGCUCUAACGGUUGUAUUGAUAACGGUUUAACUUCGAUUUGCGAGCGAAACAACGGGACAUGUAAACAUGGAUGUAAGGACGGAUACAGCGGAGACAAAUGCGAUAUAACAUUUACAAGGAAAACGACGAUAGUGUCUAAAGCAUCAACAACAACUCAAAAACAAGUAUCUACACAGUGUGAUUGCAAAGAAAAUGUUGUCUGCAAAAGCAAUUUCGUUGAAGGUUUCUUUUCGGGAUUAGGAACUUCUGUAGUCGUUGCAGUUAUUACAGUGACACUAUUCCAAAUUAGGAGAAGGUAUGUAGCAAAGAAGUUAAAAUCGCAGCAAGAUUCGAAGAAAACAAUCGAGAUGCCCACAUAUUAUAACGAGGAUAUUCGUCAUACAUAUGAAACACAAGAAGCGGCUACCGGAACUAGUAACUAUGAGAAACUCGGCAAUACCAGGAACACGGAUAAUGUUUACAAUGAUUUAGAAACAACAGUGCAAUAAAGUGCCUGCUUUCGCAACAUGUGAAAAACAAACUCUACGACAACAGAACUUGCAUAUGAUGAAGCCAGCUAGCUGGCUUACCUAAGAUCGGUGGUUUUACUAAAGUGCCCGCUCGUGUCCAAGAUAGGACACAUGCGUUUUCCUUCACCAUCAAAAGCUAGAAAAUCGCCAUGUGAUCUAUAACUGUGUUGUUGCGAAGUUAAAUGCAAAAAGGAUAUUAACAAAGUACUAAGUACUGGAAUAGAAAAGAAAGUAUAUUAUUUCACCCUUUUAUUUUUCAAUAUUAUUUUAUAUAUAUUAUUAUUUUAUGUAUAUCAUAUUUAACAUUGUAUUUAACAUUUUUAAUAUAAUUGUGCAGUGUUAUAUAUUGUGCUGUAUAUUGUAAGUUUAUGUUUGUAUUAGAAUAGCAAAACCACAACUUCUGCAUGUAUAUAAUGAAUUUCAAAACUCAAGAUCUUUUUGUGCUUGUGUUAAAUCUGUUCCAUUUUAUCUAUUUGAAACCUCAGGUCAUAUAGGUGACAUUUAUUCCAAAGAAAAUUAUUUUCAUUUAGCUCAACUUUAGGUCUGUCUGUGUGUGUGUGUGUGUGUGUGUGUGCGUGUGUGCGUGCGUCCGUGCGUGCGUGUAUGUACAUGUGUUCGUGCGUGGGCGUGGGCGUCAACUAAGCAAUAAUUUCGACGUAAAACGUAAAAUUGUGAACUGUAGUCUGGAAAAGAUUUCAACAUCAGCAAAGAUGGCAAGCAGUUUCAUUAUUUUUUUACUUUGGAUGACCUGUAGCCACCUUUAUUAGAGUAACUCGAAACUUCGAUAUAAAUGGUAUGUCAAUACCAGUCGUUGUAACAGUAACGGCGAAAGAUUAUGACAUUCCAACUUAAACAUUCUGCCGCCCGUUUUCUGAUUUUGUUUAUUUGUAUUCGUCCACCUUACCACGAAAUCACAUGAAAGGGCAAUUCACAUCAAAUGGCAGAAAUAUUACCGCAGGACAUUGAUUCUAAGAACGCUUAAAAAGGAUAACUAAUUUAAAAUUAUCAAAGAUGUUUCAUAUGUUUUGAUAGGUAGACAGAUCAAAAUCAAAUUAAGUACGACAGACUGGCGUCUGUGAGUUUUUUGUUGUUUUUGUUGUUUUUUUUUUUUCAUGAUUCUGCUAACUUGGUAUUGUAAGUCAGAUAAGGAUAUCACAUUAAUUAGCGUUGAAUGAUAGAAGUCUAGCAAGAAUCAGUUUCGCUUUCUAUUCAAUUAUGGGUUAGUUUGAGCUAAAACUAAAAAUUUUGUAAAUGUACAUUAGAAGUAAAUAGAUGUAGAUAGCAUGUCAAAUGUUAGAUAGUUUUUCAUUUAUGCUUUUCGGUGAAAUACUGGAAUAGAUCUAUAUGAACGAAAUAAAAUUUUCAAA